UUUACUGUCCGCGGUGAUGGCAGAUGAGUCACCAGCUAAACGAGCGGUUCUAGAGUUACAGAAGAUCCCAGGAAACGACAUAUGUGCAGAUUGUGGCAAAAUGGACCCUGUUUGGGCAGACGUCAGCUUUGGAAUAUUUAUUUGCAUUGAUUGCAGUGGGAUACAUAGGGGACUAGGUGUUCACAUUUCUAAAGUUAAAUCAGUACAGUUAGACCAGUGGACUGAGGAACAAGCAGAAAAAAUGAAAGAAAUGGGUAAUGUGAAGGCUAAAGAAAUUUGGGAAGCAAAGGUACCACCAUGUUGGAAGGCUCCUACACCAGAUGACUGUUUAGUGUGUAGAGAUCAAUGGAUUAGAGCCAAGUACGAAAGGAAAGAGUUUAUAAUUGAAACUAAAGAUUCAGACAAACCAUAUUUACAAGGCUUAAAGAAGGGAUUUCUUCAUAAGAAAAAGAAAAUUGACAAUGUAUGGCAAAGUCGAUUUUUUGUUUUGGAAAGGGAUUCGUUAAGUUACUACAAAAAACUUCAGGAUGUGCAUCCUGUUGAGACUAUUCCUCUUGACAAGAUUAAUGUGACUUUGCAAGGACAAACGGGCCAUCCAAAUGGGAUGCAAAUAAUUGCUCUUAUCAAAGGAAAAUCCAGAAACAUAUUUGUAUAUGCUGAGCAAGGCAUUGAUAUUAUCCACUGGUUCUGUGCAAUCAGAGCUGCUAGGCUAAAUUUUUUAAGAAGAACCCACCCUCAAAUUCCAGAAGAACAACUUUAUCCAUUACUUUCAAGAGAUUUUGUUAAAACUGGUUAUCUUCAUAAGACACCAGCGAAUAAAACAAGAUUUCAGAAACGAUUUUUUGUCCUUGAUGAUAGGAGAGUAAUGUACUUUGAAAAACCAACAGAUCCUUUUCCACUUGGUGAAAUUGUACUUGGUAACCCAUCAGAAGGCUAUUCUGUUGAUGAAUCCGCUCCUCAUGAGCUAGGAGCUGGAGAAAAUGCUUUUAUCUUAAACACUCCAACAAGAACCUUUCCAUUGCUUGCAGAAACUUCAGAAGACAAGUUGUCGUGGUUGACGGUAUUAAGAGCAGCUCUCGAGAAGCCUAGAGAUGCAAUUUUAUCUUCAGAAAAUCUAUCCUAUCAUACAGAGUGAAACAUUUUAUCGUAAUUAUUAAUUUAUAAUUAUUAUAAUCAUUGAUUUUGGAUUAAUUAUUUUAUUCUGUGGUAUUAGAUCAUUUUUACUACUGAUUUUGGAAUAACGAUAACUUUAUUGCUUCAA